AUGCUUUUCACCUCACAGGCUUUGGGUUCAUUACCAUAUACUGACUCAACCUAUGUAUCAAGUAUAUCAACAAAGACUGGCCAAUCAGUUGGUAUAUCAGCUUCAGGCAGUUUCAGUUCCUGCACUUGUGAUUUGACCGCUGGAGGAUGUGAUAUUGCAUGCUGUUGUGACUCAGAUUGCCCAUCCGCCACUGUCUCAUAAUGGAGAUUAAGCAAAAAUUACUGUUUAGAUGAAAUUAAUGAUCAAAAAAUCUUAACAUUCAGUCAAUGCUUAGAUAGAACUUUUACAGGAGGCUUAGAUGAUCUUUAAGAUGGAUUAAAAGUCUAUGAUAAAAACAUCAGAGCUCUCUUUUGUGUUACCUCAUCUAGUUCCAGAGAGACAGUAAGCUCAUUCUAUGAUAAUUAGCGCUCAGUUGGUACUGCUGCUCAAUUUAAUACAACUAAAAAUUCUCUAUCACUUACAACAGUCACGAAUCCUUAAUAUCCUUAAACACAGCAAUUAUCAACCGUUUAACAGCUUUAAGGAUAUUCAGCUAUGGAGCCACUUCUUGGCUAUAGAAACUAAUCAGAUACUACGAGAUAAUAUAAUAAAGAUAAGAAACUUUACUUAGAAAGAAAAGAUCUUUUUGGUCUAUGCGGAAGAGGACGAAGCAUCAAAUAUUUGCAAGAUUAAGAUCAAGAGGAGUGCGGAUAUAUUCCUCAACCAAUGACGUAGUAAUUUUGCAGAAGUACUUUAGCUCCAUCUGUAAAAGCUCUGAGUCUACAAGUUUCAACUGAUUAAACAUUAAAUACAUUCGCUACUCUAGUACCUGGCAUUUCAAGGAAAUUCUCUCUAAAUAAUUAUACAGAAAUGCCAAUCGAUUCAACAGUGUUUCAUGAUUCAGUUUAUAACAGUACUGAUUGUAGCUGCGAUUAUUUGCUACUUGAGACUCAUUAUACAGUAUAUUCUACAGAUUUUAAUAGCUCAUUUGGGGUGUAAAGUUAAAUUAACAAUAUCACAGUUGAUUUAAUUUAUGGUCACUUUACACCACUAAAUUGUACUGUUAAUGUACAAAUAACUUAGAAGAAUUCAAUCAAGUUCAAGUAAUCAAUAUAUUCAAGGAAAAAUUCUGGAGGUCCUGGAUAUAUCAAAGGUAAAAAGUUAUUAACUGGCACAUCUGCAAAUGCUACUUAAGGAUAACAUAUUAAUAUGACCAAAGGAGGAUUUAAAAUCAGAGGAGCAGAUAAUCAUGGAAUGUGCUAUAAUUUGAAAACAUCUUUAUAAACAGGAUUGAAUACCACAAAUUACACAAUUGAGACACCCUCUGAAAAUCUUUACAUGGAUGACCCUAUAUUAUCGUUUGAUGAUUCAACUAUUUAUGGGUGCAAAAUAAAUCUAACGAGACAAGAAUUGAUAAACUUUUGCAGCAAUAAAACUUGGCAGAACAUGAUGCUAUUCCAGAAUUUCUAACUCCUUAAAUAUGUAGGUAGAUUUGGUAACUCUAAUCCCCACUAUCUAUCAGACUGGGUUUAAGCAACAGUAGAUUCAUAGAAAGAUAAAAGUUUAAUCACUGCAUCCUGGGAUGAGCCUAGUGGCACCUGUGUUCUACCUUCUGCCUAUUUCGUUUAGAUAUUCUAUUCAAAGAUAAACACACGAUCAGACCCAUAAUACUAAAUUGUAAAAGUUGUACAUUACGCUGACACUUUAAAUGCCUGGGUUUACAAAAAGCCAGAUCCCACUUAGGGUCAAGACUUUUAAGCGAUCCUUAGCUUACAAUUUUAUGAAGUAGAUUAAGACGAGAAUUUUUAUGCACCUCCUACCCCUAAUCCAUUUAAGGCCCUACCAAGAAAUAUACUAUAUCCCUUCUAUGUUUAUGGAGGUUCAAUUUAAAAUAUGGCUUUAAGUCUUGGGAUUAUAGCUUUCACAGUCCUUUCAAUUUUAUAAUGA